CCAUUCAAGCAAUCCCAAGAGAUAGAAGCCUGCCUUCACCAUUUGCCUUUGUUUCCAUGGCUACAGCCCAAGUUGAGAGGCCUACUGAAGAAGCGACACUUAAAUCAAACGACAAUGGCAAGCAUUCUGAGAACAUGGCUUCUGUUAUGAAAGGGGGGGCUGUGGAUAUAAUCAAGGGAUUGGUGGAUCAAAAGCACAAUGAUCAAGAGGCCAAGCAAGAAGUGAUCAAGAAGCCUGAUUUGGGUCCCAUCCAAGAUGUUAGUGGCACCCAUGCGCAUGUGUCUAAGCAUGCUAGUGCGACAAGUGAGAAGAAGAAGAAAGAGAAAAAAGAGGAUAAAAAGAAGGGAUCGACUAUUGGGUCCGGUCAUAGUCACAUUAGUGUGCAAAAGCCUGUAAAAUUGGGCCAUAAGAUGAAGGAGAAGAAGAAGAAGAAACAAAACAAGGACAGUGAUGAUAGCAGCAGCAGCAGCAGCAGUGAGAGUGACGACGUUGCUCAUGACAAGAAGAAGAAGAUGGACAAGGAGAAGAAGAAACACAAGUGAGAAAUGAAAAAGAAUUACAGUAAUACGAGGAAUAAAAGUCCAUAUGGAGUGGCAUAUGAUCAUGUAAUUGAUGAUUCCAAGGGCUUGUCACCUUUCUAGCUGGCUUUACUGAAUGGAUAUUAAGUCUAUAA